GCUCUAUCGUGUCCGAGGGUAACAGAGGCUGUGUGGGGAUAAACAGAUCUUUUUCACGUCGAGAAAACAGCAGACGAGCCAUGAACUGGAACAAGGGCGGACCGGGGGCUAAGCGAGGGUUUGGGUUUGGAGGCUUCACCCUAGCAACGGCGAAAAAAGAAGAGCCCCGUCUGGCACAGCAGUCCCACACGGCAUUUGGAUCAGCUGGUUCGACGGGAGGUUAUGGAAAGAACCAGCAGCUCCCUGCUUUCUAUAAAAUAGGCACGAAAAGGGCCAACUUCGACGAAGAGAAUGCGUAUUUUGAAGAUGAUGAGGAGGAGUCUGGUAACGUGGACCUGCCGUACAUUCCUGCGGAGAACUCCCCAACACGACAGAAGUUCCAGUCCCGGGAUGGGGAUUCAGACAGUGAUGAUGACCCCUUGGACGCUUUUAUGGCCGAGGUAGAGAACCAAGCAGCCAAGGACAUGAAGAAACUUGAAGACAAGGAAAAAGAAAAGAAAACAUCAAAGGGUAUACGUGAUGACAUUGAAGAGGAAGAUGACCAAGAGGCAUACUUCCGCUACAUGGCGGAGAACCCCACCGCCGGCCUGACCCAGGAGGAGGAGGAGGACAACGUGGAGUACGACAGCGACGGGAAUCCCAUCGCCCCCACCGCCAAGAAGAUCAUCAUGCCCCUCCCCCCCAUCGAUCACUCCGAGAUUGACUACCCCCCCUUCGAAAAGAACUUCUACAACGAGCACGAAGAGCUGAACAGCCUGACUGGCAUCCAGGUGGUGGAACUCAGACAGAAACUCAACCUGCGGGUAUCUGGCGCCGCCCCUCCUAAGCCCUGCACCAGCUUCGCUCACUUCGGCUUCGACGAGCAGCUGAUGCACCAGAUCCGCAAGUCCGAGUACACGCAGCCCACGCCCAUCCAGUGCCAGGGAGUCCCCAUCGCCCUAAGCGGCCGCGACAUGAUCGGCAUCGCGAAGACUGGCAGUGGCAAGACAGCGGCCUUCAUUUGGCCCAUGCUGGUGCACAUCAUGGACCAGAAGGAGCUGGAGGCCGGAGAGGGGCCUAUUGCUGUCAUCGUGUGUCCCACCAGAGAGCUCUGCCAGCAGAUCCAUGCGGAGUGCAAGCGCUUCGGGAAGGUGUACGGCCUGCGCUCGGUGGCCGUGUACGGAGGGGGCAGCAUGUGGGAGCAGGCCAAGGCCCUGCAAGAGGGCGCUGAGAUCGUGGUGUGCACCCCGGGCCGUCUCAUCGACCACGUGAAGAAGAAGGCCACCUCCCUGCAGAGGGUGACCUACUUGGUGUUCGAUGAGGCAGACCGCAUGUUCGACAUGGGCUUCGAGUAUCAGGUCAGGUCCGUUGCCAGUCAUGUGCGUCCUGACAGACAGACCCUCCUCUUUAGCGCUACCUUCCGCAAAAAGAUUGAGAAGCUGGCGAGGGACAUCCUGGUGGACCCCAUCCGUGUGGUGCAGGGUGACAUCGGAGAGGCCAACGAAGACGUGACACAGCUGGUGGAAAUCCUUCCCAGCGGGCUGGAGAAGUGGGGCUGGCUGACGCGCCGCCUGGUGGAGUUCACCUCCGCCGGCUCCGUGCUCAUCUUCGUCACCAAGAAGGCCAACUGCGAGGAGCUGGCCACCAACCUGACGCAGGAGGGCUACAGCCUGGGCCUGCUGCACGGGGACAUGGACCAGAGCGAGAGGAACAAGGUCAUCGCCGACUUCAAGAAGAAGAACCUGCCUGUGCUGGUGGCCACUGACGUGGCCGCGCGUGGUCUGGACAUCCCAUCGAUACGUACGGUGGUGAACUACGAUGUGGCGCGAGACAUCGACACGCACACGCACCGAAUCGGGCGCACAGGCCGCGCCGGAGAGAAGGGCGUGGCCUACACCCUGCUCACCACCAAAGACACCUCAUUCGCCGGAGACCUGGUGCGCAACCUCGAGGGAGCUAAUCAGAAUGUUUGUAAGGAGCUGAUGGACCUGGCUAUGCAGAAUCCUUGGUUCAGAAAAUCUCGCUUCAAGGGUGGCAAGGGGAAGAAACUGAACAUCGGUGGAGGAGGUUUGGGCUACCGAGAGAGGCCGGGCCUGGGAGCAGAUACCUCGGAACGCAGCAGUUCUGGUGUUGGGAGCUACGAGGCCUACAAGCCAUCCUCAGGUGCCAUGGGAGACCGGAUGUCAGCUAUGAAGCAGGCCUUCCAGGCCCAGUACAAGAAUCACUUUGUCGCGGCAUCCGGCUACCCUCCCAAGCUGAGCGCCUCAUCCAGCAGCUCAUCGGGCUGGACCAACGCCGGCAGCCUCAGCUCCUUACCCACAGGGGGUGCUGGGGAGGCGGAGCGGUCCCGGGCCGGCCUCCACACUGGCGUGGCCCUUCCUUCAACGCCAAGCAUGGGGACCAAAAUGGCCGGCUUCACCAGCGCAGGAGCCCUGAGCUCCAUCUCGGACAGCUACAGUAACUCACCCCAGGGCUUCUCCUCCCUGACCCCUCCCUCGCCUCGGGACCCCUCGCAAGACUUCCCACGGGAUCGGCACGGCGACGACAGGGGCCGCCACGAAGACGGACAUUACCGCCACAACGAGCGGAGCGAAAGGCAUGGCGGAGGAGAUCGCGACCGGGAGCGCUUUGGCAACCGCGAUCGCCAAGGAGACAGGGAUCGCUACGGCGGAGGGCGCCACGGCGACAGCCGGAAUGGGGAAGGCAGCCGAAGGGACAGAGAACGGGAUGGCUGGAGGGGUGACAGAGAGGGUGGGGACAGAGCAGGGGGUGAGGGGAGGGGGGAAAGGGCAGAAAGAAGUGAAGACAGCUUUGUGGUUCCUGAGCCCCCAAAGCGCAAGAAAAGCCGAUGGGAUAACUAAGGCAAAUCCUGCUGUCCCUGAAGACAACACCGUUUCUGUAAUGGCCAUGAAUACUACAUAGAAAAAGUGCAGCUCUCCAUUUUUCUGUUCUUAACCAUUAAAACAAAGGCAGCACAUAUAUCAAUACUGUGAUAGGACAAAGAGCAAAUUCAAUUAUUCAAGAUUGACAAUCACUUUAGACAACUUAUAGAUGUUCUAGUAGCUUGCAUUUCUCCCUGUCACCCUCCUUACAUGCAGGGCACACCAGUUGCCCAGUUGGGGAGUUCAGUGGGUUGGUGGGGUAAGUCUUUCCUCAGCAGACCUGAGUGAUAUGACCAUGUUUGUGAGCACCA